ACUUUUCAGAGAAAUGUCAAUACAUCAGACGUCAUUUCUAUUGUUCACACUUUUCAGUUUAUUAUCAUUUUCAAUAGCAGCCGACACAUGCCGGGACUUUGAUAAUAAUUGUAGAGAUUGGAUUACUGUCAAUCCAAAUGCAUGUGAUUCAACUGAAUAUAUUAAAAGAAGUUGUCUCAAGAGUUGUGGACAAUGUGGAGAGGUUGAUCCCAAAUACGAUUUACGUCGUCUUUCUCAGGAACUCACACCAAUUGGUUUCCUAGUAGGGAAAUGGAGAUCUGAACAUGGAGGAAAAGCAAUCUUCCCAACAAUUCCGAAAUUCACAUUUGGAGAAGAAAUCGAAAUUUCAAUUCCAGGCGAUGCAAUGCAAUCGGCUCAAGCUCUUAACUACACAGCGUUCGCAUGGAGUGUAGAAAAAAGAGAUGAGAAGAAUCCAAACAGAGCAUUUGCCUGGUCGAUAAAUGAUAAAGAUGAGUUGCACAGUGAAUAUGGAUAUAUUUCUGUGAAACCAAACACAAAAGAAGUCGCACUGACAACUGUAAUGAAUAAUGGUUUUGUGACAGUCGAAGAAGGUCCAGUCAAUGGAAAUCAAAUUAGAUUCCGGCUUAAGGAUAUCGGAAGAAUUAGUUUCAGCAGAGAUUUGCCUGUUCAUGAUCUCGUCCGAGAAUGGACUCUUCUGGAUCGAUCAACACUUCAAGCCCGUCUGAACAUGGAGACAUUAACACAUGGAAUGCAGGAGCACACAUUUAUUCGUUACAACAAAAUUGAGCCAUAAACUGAAGAAAAACGUGUUUAUCUCUUUCUAUUCCACUUCUAGUCAACUACUUCCCACUCAAUUGAUUCCCCCUUUCCCCUUAAAAAUAAAAACUCUUGCUGCUU